GACAAGACAACGGUAACGUGGGAAGAGCAAGGUGGAACGAAAGACCAAGCAGACUGACGCACGUCUGAAUCAAUAAUAUAUUCUCGCUGUCUCAGUUUCACCGAUGAAUCAGCCAUGACCAUUGACAGCAGCAGCAGCAUUCCGGAGCCGCGCUUAUGACCUUCGCCACAGCCGUCUCUUAUCUCACCUUACUAGUAUCUCACAUCUCAAAGGCAAUACGACGCUAUUAUGCCGCCAUCCAAGCCACCAGUUCCUAGGGCCGCCGAGCCCAUCUACGGCCAGUCCUUCGAUCCAUGGAACUCAUCAUCUACAGGCCAUCAACGCGCCGAGAAUCGGCUGGGCGGUAGCACGGGGUGGCGGGACUCGCGGAACCGAAAGUUGAUGAGCCAGUUCACCGGUGGCGCCGGGGGCGGCAAACGAGUUUCAGAUACGGUGGGAGAAGGGUCGCAGGACUGGGAUCCGAAAGCCAAAGCCCUGAUCACGCCAGAGAUGCGGUCGCGAGCGCAGAGCUCUGUAUUCGACAUGCUGGCGAACCCUGGGUCCAUGAAGCCGUCCUCCUAUUCUUCUGGAUCUGCGCCUGCGCCGCCCUCCCUAAUGACAUCGAAUUCGGCUUCGUUUUCGAAUUUCGGGGAAAGCGCGUCGAAAAAGCCAGGUCCUAGCGAUAGUAUGACGGCCGAGGAACGUCUGAUGCUCCAGCGGAAAGAGGAGGACGACGCUAGAGAGCAAGCCAAGCAGCCGCGCGGGAUCUUCGACGGGGUCGUCGUGUACCUCAACGGGAGCACUCACCCGCUCAUCUCCGACCACAAGCUGAAGCACGUACUCGCCGAGCACGGUGGAAGCAUGUCGAGCCAUCUAGGCCGCAGAAAGGUGACACAUGUGAUUCUCGGCAGACCCGCGGCUGGCGGAUAUGGUGCUGGUGGCGGCCUCGCGGGCGGGAAGCUGCAGCGGGAGAUCUCGAAGAUGAGCGGGCCUGCCGUCAAGUUUGUCGGCGUCCAGUGGGUGCUCGAGAGCAUUAAGGCCGGUAAGAGAUUGCCCGAGGCGCGGUUCGCGGACCUCAAGAUUGCGGCCAGGGGCCAGCAGAGCGUGUAUGGCUUGUACUCGAGACAGAAGGAUACGACAUCCGCCGAUGUCGAUGAGUCUCAGCCGCCACCGAGUGCGCAGCCGAGAUGAUGAUUAGACGGAUGGGAAGCUUUGAGGCUGCAUAUCGGGUUAUGGGCAUAUGAGGAUCUGCGUUCUGGGCGUUUCGGUAAUCUAGGGUUCGCUGCAUUGAGAUAUGAGGUGCAUAGAAGAGGGGUUGCAUGAAGCCGUCACUAUGACUGGCGAACUGGUAUAGAUAUAUGGCAUUCUGAAAUCGAGGCUCGUUGCGUUAACAAUCCCUGCUGUUCAUGAAAAGAUGUCGUGUAGUAUAUGAGAGUACAUUGCGAUUCUAUCAAUCUCUGGGGGUUCUACUGGCAAGUGUAGUACUUCAUUUUCACCUUUUAAACCGGCUCUCAUUCUUAACUCUCGUACGAUGCUCCGCUACACCCCGUUCUUAGGAUUGAAGGCUAGCUUGUAAGAUUUCCAACCCUUAGGGUCAAGCGAGUCGGUCAGAUUGCCUGUCCAUCUAAUCCUUUGUGGGACAAGUAUUUGAAAAAAUUUAGGGUACCUGUCAGCUCACUCAUUCAUGAAACUAGCGCCCGCUUGCUCGGUUAUGGUACAUCUUUUCAAAGCCAUGAUCGAGCUAAAUUAUUACAGCUUAUCUUGAGAAACCCGAG